AUGUCAACGGCAUCAUCAACAGCAAGUACAAUCAAGCAACGCAAAUUAAAUGAUUUACGUGUAGUUGAUUUGCAACGCGAAUUACGUUUCUUAAGUGUUCCCUAUGAUAAAAAAGAACUCAAAGGAUCACUUCUCGAGAAACUACGCCAGGCUUUAUUCAAUCGAAAUCUUGAUCCAGAUAAUUACUUUUUUGAUGCUUCUAUUGAUCUUAAAUCAAUGUCAUCCGAUGAAACAAAUAGAAGUCUCGAAGACAGUGCUCUACAUGAAACAAACAGCUCCGAAGCAUCAACUAUGGAGGUCGAUCCCAAACAACGAGUAAAUACUGAAAAUCCAGUGCAAGCAACAUCAUCUAUGAAAAGUUCAACAACAACGUCGUCAUCAGUGGCAAACGAGCUAGGCGAUGACCAAAAUGAUCAAACAAAUCGUAUGGAUACGAAUGAUUUGAAACAGAUUGCUGAAGAAUAUGAUAACAAUAGCAAAUAUUUAACAAUCGAUCAAUCAACAACAAAGCAAGAAGAUGAAAAUAAUAAUGAUAAAAUUGAUCAUGGUCUUACACAAGUAUCCUGUUCAUCAUCUGAUGAAGAAUUAGAUACAAAUAAUCGAAUUCAACUGUCACCAAACAAAAACUCUUUCAAUCAUAACACAGAAUCAAUGGCAACAAACACCAUCACUACUACAACUGAACAACCAUUAUCAUUGGAGCAUUCACAUGGUGAAGAUGAACAACAAACAAAUCUAUCCACUGACGAUAAUGAUAAUCUUUUGAAAAGUGAAACGAAUAUACAAGAAUCAUCAGAUGAGAACAAAAAGAAAGAAAAUACAAAUAAAUUAAAUAAAGACGAAUGUUUUCUUUGGGUAUCGAAUAUUGCCAAAGAAACACACGCAUCUGAUCUCAAAGCAUUAUUUUCAAAGCAUGGAAAAGUUUUAACAACAAAAGUUAUUGGUUCAAGUUCAUCUCAAUGGUUUGGAUAUAUUCAUUUAGCAACAUCAGAUGAUGUUGAAAAAUGCAUUCAAGCAUUGCAUCAAACAGAAUUACAUGGGGAAAAAAUUCAUGUCGAUAGAGAAAUGCAUGAUCAAACAUCAGAUUCAUCAUCAUCAAAGUCUAAAUCGAAUAGUACUUCAACAUCGUCUCGUCAUCGGACAUCAUCAAGUUCACAAAAAAAACGAUUAGAUCAAUCAAGUUAUAAAUCAUCUACAGAUGAUUCAUAUAGAAAUCGUGACUCAAUCACAAAUCCUCAAAAUAAAUCCUCAACAAUAGACACCAAUACGUCAUCGAAAAAACGAUCAACAUCAACAUCUUUUGAAAAUAAGCAAAAAAAAUCAACAGCCGACGUAAACAACAAACCGAAUAAAGAUGAAAAAAGCGUUAGAUCACAUAAAACUGAUUCAUUCAAUAAAAUAGCAAACGAACCAUAUUGUGAAAAACGAAGAAAUUCAUCGAGCAGUAGUAAUAGUCAACCGUCAAAGCACCAAACUCCUCGUACAGAUAUUACAAAAACAAAUGACAAAUUAGUAUUUUCUCACAAAUCAACAAACGAUAAUCGUAAAGGUAAUCGAUGUCCUAUUGGCUCCGAAAAAUCAUCCUCAAGUUCAUCGUAUACUUCAAAAUCGAAGAUAUCGCCAUCUGUUUCACAUCGAAGCGAAUCAAAUGAAAAACAUUAUAUACCAUUAUCAACAAAAACUAAUAGUCAUCGUUCAUCUUCAAUUGAUAAAUCUAAACAACAGCAACAGGCAUCAUCUCAUACUGUACCAAAUAGAUAUGACAAAUCAAAAGAUUCAUUUCCAAAAGAUCCUAUUCAGCAUGAAACACCACCAAAAACAUUCGACCAUGAUCGUCGUUCAGCAUAUCAAAAUGAAGAACGUCUACGACAUGAAAAAGAAAUACUCGUACGAAAACAAUACGUUCAACAACAAGAAGAAGAAAAUAUUAAAGAACAACAACGACGUUUAGCUGAAGAACGAGCACGAAUGAGACGAGAAUUUGAAAUUCUUGAACGUGAGCGUCUAGAAAUCGAACGUACUCGAGUUGCAUUGGAAAAAGAAAAACAAGAUCAAGCACGUGAACUUGAAAAACAACAAAGACGUUUAGCAGAUGAAGCUAAACAUCGACAGCAGCAAGCUGAAGCAAAAAUACGUGAUGAAAAAUUACAACGUUUAUCACAGAGUGAUAAUAAACGUCCACGUUCAUCUCAUCAUGAAACACAACGUUCACAUCAGUCAAGUACAAAUAAUAGUACUAGUUCUAAUAAAGGUUAUGAUCAUCGAUCAUCAUCAAAUAACACAAGCGCACGUGGACGUGAUCGAUCUCUUGAUGAUACAAAUCGUGAUUAUUAUCCGGAACCAAAACGACCCUAUACAAAUAAUUCACGUGAUGGAACUUUUCGUGAUCGUGUUGUCUAUAGAGAAUCUGAUCUUUCACAAUCAAACUCUGGUCUUGCUCUUAAUUCUUCAUCAUCAAUCAGUUCUAAUAAUAAUAAUCAACGAUAUACUUCAUCAUCGAAUCAACAUCGUCUAUCAGAUCCUUAUAGUACAUUACCACAACGUGGACGCGAUAUGGCUUUACCACCGACUUCAUCUGUUAGUACAGCUUAUGAACGUUCUUCUCGAAAUAUCUCCCCACCAGCAAAUAACAAUGCAAUUCUUCGACGCCCACAUUCACGCGAAAGAUUUGACGAACGACAGUAUUUGCAGCCGGCACCACGCCGUGAUAGAUCACCACCGACAAAUAAUGCAUUACGCCGUGAAUCAAUUGAAAGUACACAUUGGGAACGACCGAAACCUCGUGAUGCUCCACACUAUGCCGAUGAUCCUCACAAAUAUUUACCUACUCAAUAUAUUUCUGAACCAACUCAACAGCAACAACAACAAGGUUUAUGGUCAGCAGCACCUCCAUCAAGACAACAACAACAACAGCAGCAGCAGCAGCAACAACAACAGCAACAUCAUCACCCAGAUAUACCAGUAAAAACGGCUUCUCAUGUACCGAUACUAGAUCCGUACGGUUGGCCACAUGUUUCUCAACAAAUACCACCAUCAUCACUUCCGUCUCAUCAUCCACAAGGAUUAUCAUCAUCUCAUGAUCGAUCUCGUUCAAAUAUGGCCAGCAAUCAGCGUAUUCCAAUGCUUCCAUCAAACCAACCUCCGCCACCACCGCCGCCUCCAUCAUCACGUGGCAAUACAGCCGGUCAAACUCAUUUGUACAGCCAUCCUGGUGUUCCUGUAAACGCCCUUCCAACAUCACAACAACAUACACCUUUACCACACCCAUCCUCAUCUCUUCAUCAUACGACUGCUUAUGUAUCACAGCAAGGUCCACCAACUGGUCUUGUUCUUCAUCCAGCGGGCCAAACGCGUCCGUAUGAACAACAUUACGUUGUGACACAGUCUUUAUCGCAACGACGUUAUUAA